CUGGCCAGGCUCUCCAGAACAGCAGGCGAAGGAGCCAUCAUCUACACUGCCCCAGAGUCCUUCCCCCAGACUGACCCGACAGCCAAACGCGUCAUCCAUACAACUAAAAUUGACGUCUACAGCUAUGGAAUCCUAUUAUGUGAGGUGAUCACUGCUAAGAUGCCUGAUCCUGAGCGGUAUCUUGAUAGACUGGAGGAGGUGAAUCAAGUAUCGGCUGAUAUGCACCAUCUCAUUGUGUGGUGUACCAAGCGCAGUCCAAAACAACGACCCACCAUGACAAGUGUCCUUGAUGAACUGAGCAAGAUGCCGCAGCCACGAUCUUAG